AUGGCCCCCUACGAAGGUCAAUGCCACUGUGGCGCCACUGCCUGGACCGUCGAGAUCCCUGAAGAGAAGCACAUCCUCUGCCACUGCGGAGCCUGCAAGAUUUUGGGCGGCGGUGAAUUCACGCUCAACCAGAUCAUCCCCAAGUCCAACUUCCACUUGACCAAGGGAGAUUUGAAGGUUUACAGCUACAAGGGCGAUUCCGGCAAUUCCGUCGACUGCUACAUGUGUCCCAACUGCGCUGCCAGUCCGUAUCAUCAUCAGCAGGUCAUGGGCCCCAACACUAUCGUCGUUCGAACGGGUCUUUUGAAGGGAAGCGAGAAAUGGGGGAAACCUGCCGCCGAGAUCUACGACAAGUUCCGACCGAGCUGGCUCCCGCAGACAGGCGAUGCGAGCUUCGAAUUGACACCUCCUUCUUGA